UCUCUCAGUCGAGAACGCGCUUCAGACUAGACCGGACCAUCUGCUCGCUGUGAGUCCGGCUCUGCCGUUCAGAGGAUCUGGAAUCAUUUCCUGUGAAUUAUUGAUGAUCGAUGAUGGACGAGCUGCCGGACUUCAGAGACGUGGAGAGUAAACUGGGCCGUAAAGUUCCGGAGAGUUUGAUGCGUUCACUGACAGCCGGAGCUGAAGUCACGUGUUCAGAACCGCACAAACACACUGACGAUCUGCACAGUAAAAUCAGCUUUCUCAGACAACAGAUGGCUCAUCUCCGUGCAAUUGACGUCAAACUGAUGCAUCAGCUGCUGUCGAUCAAUGAGGGAAUCGAGUCCAUUCGCUGGGUCAUGGAAGAGCGAGGGGGCGUGGCCAGCCUGGAGGGCAGCUUGACUGGAAGUUUGGGCAGCCUAUCAGACAGCCAGGAUGCCUCCCAGAAUGGAAGCUGCAGUGACGGGUUGGAUGGUAUUUCAGUGGGCAGUUACCUGGAUACGCUCGGGGAAGAUGACUCCGAUCGUAUCUCGCCCAACGAUCUGUCGGACGACUUCAGCGUGAAACCUGUUAUCGACGAGGAGACGUUUAAGAAAUCUCCUUUACGACCUCGUGUGGAAACGGAUGAGUACUACUGCUUUGGAUAACGCUAACCAGCGUUUGGAUAAAUGGAGACACUUCCUGAACCCUUGAUCCCAAAUUUCAAUGAAAGACAUAAACAUAAAUAGAGUAAAGGGAAAUCCCAAUUCUUAAUUAACUGGUGAUUUAGCUCAAGUUGCCGUUCUCGUUCUAAUCAGCGAAUGAGUCAUGCAAAACAUUUUUAUUUUUUAUAAGCCAUCAAUAGGUUUGACUUCCUAAACUCAAUGUGUGUAGGGCAAGACAGGUCUCAUUCCACUUCCUAGUUCCCUAUGAAGUGAAUCGGUAAGUUCUGAACAUGAAAUCGGCCACUGGCUAGCAGAGGUUGGCAAUAGAUUCUCUCUUCGUCUUGGUUGGUACAAAGAAAAUGUAGGGGGGCAGUGAUCCCCCGUAGACCCGGCCAUGCUAUCAAGGGCGCUGAUCCACUUAACAUUGAAACACUGAUGACUCAGUUACAUGCAAAAUGAUUAUGAAGUUGCAUAUUAAAUCAUAGCUCAAACACAAUUAAAACAAGACUGAACAGUUGAACUUGUGUUUAAAUGGUUUUGGUUUGGCACACAGGUCCUUAAACUUGACCGUAAGAUACAUUUCCUGGACUGUACCCUGUGUGUGACCUUUGUAGCUUCCUUUUUUUUACAACACCAGUUGUCUUACAUUUUGUUUAAAUAACAAACAUAUUUUUGGCUUCCUAAGUUAAGAAUUUGGUUAUAGCAGAUAGUUUGUCCUAAACAUGACCUACAGUGAACCACAACGACUCCGUUACACUAUGACUACAUUCACACAGUAGCUAAAUGUGUUAGUCACAUUUCAGUUAUGAAUCUGCAUUCUGUAUCCGAAGUGACUACUUGAAGAUUUAUUGGUUAAUGUGUACUAAAUGGAACCAAAGUCAACUAGUUGUCCUGGGUAGAGGUAGACCGAGGUAUUGGUUUUACCAAUUAAUCGGGGCCGAUAGUUGCUUUUUGGGACUAUUGGUUAUUGGCAAAUAUCUCUGCUGAUUGUGGCCGAUUUUUUUUUUUUCUCUCUACUCGAUAAACCAUCUUUUUAAAUAUUAUACAGUAUAUACAAAACACUUCAUGGGGAAUAUACAGGCUAUUAAAGCUUCAUUUGGUAAAUGCUUGCAGUACAUAUAGAGCAUUUGUAACAGAGCAAAGUCUGUCAAAAUAAUAAGAGUCCUUGGUGUAUUUCAGGCUUGUUUGCAUUUAAAAUGUAUGUGUUAUACACCAAAAAUCUUAAUUUGAACUUCCGCAGGACCCGAUUAGAUUUCUUGCGGCACGGGAUGAAAUUCCCAGUUGAAGAUGGGAGCAAACGAUACUUCCAUAAGAUGUGGACGGGAGCAGGCGGUCAGAAUAUAGCAUGAAAAAUCAGAUGUAGCUAUCUUUUUUUAGUUAAAAUCCCAAAUUUGGCAAUAUUUAGAGCAGACAGGCAGUCAGCGGGGCUUCAGAAGAAUGGCAGAGCAAAGCACAUCAAGUUUCAUCAAAGGAAGUGAAACUCAGACUAGAAAAUGGACAGUGUAAUAUUAAAAGCCAACCUUAAGUCAGAUGGGCAUCAUGCCACGUGUCAUUUAAUAAUAGCAAUAACAGAAAAAGAUUUGUGUACAUUGGUUCGACACAUGCACACUACAAGUGCUUUGUGAUACGCUUUUAGCACAGUCGACUGUCUGCAUGUCUAGAAAAACUAGGCUGCACUCGGACAAUGCGCACAUACCGCGCUGAUGAGGAAAUAUGCAUCACCUGCUAGGGGCGCAAGACGUACUGGGAUCACCUUUAGAUGAUGAAAGCAGCUGGAGAUGUGUGAAAUGCUGAACAGUUUAAAAUACAAAUUAAAUAGAUAAAGAUGGAAAAGAAGUUGUGGAUAACAAUAACUGUGUAUUCAUUCGUCUCCGGUCUGCUGAAAUACAUAAAACACUUUCAGAGUCACACUCGUUAUAGUGGGGUUUUGAAUCCCAAACGCUGACUGUGUGAACGUAGCCCUUGAAGCAUUGGGAUUGUAUAACAGUAAAAAACACCAUGAACAGGCUAGCUGGAUGUGGCCUCUUUAUAAGUCCUCAGACAUACAAAUCACAUUUAUUUCACGCGCUAAAGCUAACGUAGUAAAUUCCUCUCAUGUUUACGUCUUAUUAAUGUCAGCGUGUGCACUGCGCUAUUUAUAAACCUCUAGAAAUGUACAGAUUUAUUGUGGUUUAUUUGUGCAUUAUAAUACAGAACUGUUCUGUGAAGUUUCUGAACACUUUGUGCGUUGAAGUGCAAUUUCUGGAUCUGCCAAAGAUUUUUAAUCUGUUGAUGUCUUACUGGCACAUAUUUCAGAUUUUGAUUCUUCACAGUGCAAUAUUGAGAUUUGAGUUUUUUUUUUUACUUGAAUCUUUGAUGUUUUAACGAUUCCUUUAGUAAUUUUUCUCUUUGUUCAAAAACCGUUUUGACAUGAAACCUUGAAAAUCUGUUUGUGACUGUAGUUGUUUGUGCUGCUAUUUUAACUUUUGUUUGAUCGUUUGCAUAAGUGAUUGCUCCUAAUUUAUUACCUUUGUUGUAAACUGUCUGAGGAAAUGUCAUCUAAUACAUUACAGGACUUAUUCCUUGUAUCUUUGGUCUUAUUUUAAGCUUUUUUCAAAGUAUUUUAACUUUGAAAUGAUGUGAAAUAAACCAACUGGAAGGUUCAAGAUCUCUAAUUACUGAGGCAUUUUUUAAUGCAAUACUCAUGUUCAAAUCCCAUAUUCAACUAUUAGAAAUGUUAAAGUAUUAGCCUAACUUCAUCUCGUGAGACCCCGCAUCCACAUGCGUGGACAUUAAUUUUUGGCUUCUCUAUAAGCUAAGCUUAAUUUUAUUUUUUUUUAAAACCAACUGAUCUCAGUUCAGGAGACUGUCAUUAAAGGGUUAAACUUUCAGCGUUCCAAGUCAUGUGACAAAACAACAUGGUGCCAAUCUCAGCCGAGUUUGUCUUUUGGAGAAACGGCAACAUAACUACAUCUGGUAAGAAACCAGUUUAAGUUUUUACAUUAAAACCUGUUUGAGUUAAAAGAGCAGAGUCUCUAGUUUCAUCUGAUAUGCCAUUUUAAAAACUGCAUCAAUUUACCAUGAAACGGCACGCUG